AUGUCAUCUGUUAGCAGCGUUCUCAUACGCCGGGGCACUGAGUUAAUUUCCGCCCGGCUUCGAUACCGUGACCAGCCUCAAAUACAUGGAUGGCUAGGCCUCUCAGUCGUCAUUGUUACGGCCCUUGCAUUUGGUUUGGCAAUCUUUUGGAUUGACUACACCUGCGCCCAUGUUAUUGCGACUCUGGCCGCGGUCGAAGACUCCAACCCGAAUACCUAUAUUCGCAUCGACAGCGAAGCUUCUAACGGUUCCUUCGACCCUAAUGAUGGCGAGUUCGCAGCUGCAUCAACCACUAAGCCUAUCACUAGCGGGUUACGCUCGGCCAUUAAGCACCUACGCGCCCGUGGUGGCAUCUGGUCGUGCUUCCGUGGAUUUCGUAUGUAUCUGGCCUUCGCAGGGUUUGAUAUGGGCGUGGGUUUUCUAGUUCCCGCUAUUAUUCCUAUUCCGAUCGACCCUCUCGUCGGUUCAUUUUUUGGGGAGUUCGUUGCUAGCAUGCUCUUGGCCACCUGGCAGAUGGCUUGGGUUCAUCUUGUGAUCGCCGAAAAAUCUCCCAGGAGCUACUACCGGCGAAUGCUUGGCCUCCGGAAUUGGCCUAGAAUUGCCCCUGCGGCUGCUUUGUACAAUUUCCUAAUGUGUGUGACUUUCUCUCUGCCUACAGCUGCCGCAAGGCUCGCUGGCUGGACUGUCAUGAGCGCUGUUGCCAAUCCAGGAUAUAAAGGGCUUCUCGGUUUCCUAGUCAUUAGCAUUCUCCCGGCUAUAUUUUUUCUAUUGGUGUCGGUUCCCGCCAGGGGAAUAUUCAUCCGUGUCGCUGCCUCUAUGCUGCCCGAGGAGGAUGACCCAAUCGUACCCUUCGACCGCCUUUUUGGUGGCAAGGCGAAACCCGAAAUUAUGGGUGGCAGCGGCAAGCUCGGCCUUAUAGAUGCCUGGACCACUUUUGAAUGGGCUGCUCGCACUCGCUACGUUAAGGUCAUCCUGAAGGCUCUUGCCAUUGAGGUUGCACUAGGUGUGGUUGGGAUCCUUCUAGUAAUGAGCCAGUUGACAUUGGUGAUCCCUACUAGUCAGGGCUCGUCUUCUCCCCAGACUUAA